GUGUGGUGCGAGGGUUCUUGCGCCCCGAGACGGCCCAGGGAAUCUUUGUGAACUUCAAGCGCCUGCUGGAGUACAACAACGGUCGCCUGCCCUUUGCUGCUGCCCAGGUGGGGAACGCCUACCGUAACGAGAUCUCCCCGCGGUCGGGGCUCCUGCGGGUGCGGGAGUUCACCAUGGCUGAGAUCGAACACUUCUGCUUCCCCGACGAUAAAUCCCACCCCAAGUUCCCCCAG